AUCCUGCCUAACUCUGAAGCUUUUUGGAGUCACUGAUUAUCAUACAUGUUUGUGAGAAACGAUGAAUGAGUUGUCUGUAUGAGAGGUAAUGGACCAAACCGUACAUGGAAACUCUGACAUUUACUUCGCAUGAGACGGAAGGAAUCAUACAAAUUUUCAUGAUUGCCUUAGUUAUGGUAGGUUCCAUAGUAGGAAACGGUAUGAUUUGUCUGUUACUUGUCCGGUUCAAGACCUUGCGAACAGUCCCUAAUAUCCUGAUCGCGCACAUGGCUGUAGUUGACAUCCUCAACGCUUUGACCAACAUGCCCCUGUUUAUAAUGUGGUACAUCAGUGAUGUUUCCUACCUUAAAGGUAGGCCUACCUCUUUUUUUAUCAUUACAUGGUUUGUGCUGUUUGUUUAUCUAAGCAUAUUCAAUCUUAUCGCACUGACAAUGGACCGAUUUGGAGCCAUCGUUCACGGCAUCCGCUAUCACACCUGGAAAACAGUCAACAAGGCAAAAAUAGUUGUACUUUUUACAUGGCUUCUAGCGGUUGCGUAUACAUAUGGCAUGUUUAUACCAAUAGGGCUCAAAAUUGAUCUUGGUGGCGCUGCAGUUUGGGAGUACAGAAAGCAGUACUUGAAGAGCUUUGGAAGGGCCUUCAUCAUUCUCGGCCAUUUUGUGCCCUUUGCGAUCAUGCUAAUUUUGGGAGCCUUAAUCUGGCGUGCGGUACGCCGACAUAAAAGACGUUUGUAUCCGUUUUUUCCUAUGGCUAGGCAGGUGAAAAGUGACGUGAAGACCGCCAAGACAAUCGGUUUGACUGUUGCGGCGUUCAUUUGCAUGGUUGUUGCACCCAUGUUCUUGCACUUCUUUUCCAAAAUCCACGGCACAUGGCCUCACUUCCUUGCAUUUUUUCUCAGUCUCCUCAAUAACAUGGUGAACCCAGUUAUAUAUGGACUGUAUACUCAGAGGUUUCGCAGAGCGUUUUUGUUGUUCUUAAGAGAACCUUUUGGCAAGUCAGAACCUGGUCAGAUAUCAACUUCAAGAAAAAAUGUGCAAUACAAGAACGAGGGACUCAACACCUUUCAAAUCACCGUUUCUUAAAUUUAAGUGGGCUAGUAUAGAAACCAAAAACAGUUGAAGAACAAGAACAGGAAACUUAUCAUGGAAAGACACAAUCAAACUUAUUCACAACGGUCACUAUGGGGACAGAAGAAAGUUCAAGUAGUAGAAAGAGGAAGUAGUAUAAUAAAAGCAAUAUUGAAUAAAAUUUUUAGAGAAAAAUGUUGACAAAAUGAAACAAG